AUGCGCCCUGCACUACGGCAUAUGCUGCAGAAUCGGGCUGAGAGCCCAGCAUGUGACUACCUCCGUUCGAUAGGGAGUAGGAUGUCUCCACCCCCAACAGAUUCCCUUCCCAAGGGUAGUAGUGGCUUACCCCAGUCUGAGCAUAAGCCUCUCAGAUUGAUUGAGGAGUCCGAGGUUCUCAAGAAUGUGCACAUGUACAAACACUACAGCGAUCCAUCCAUCGCGCCUGGAAUUGAAGUUACCAACCUGCCAAAUCAGGAUGACGUCACGCAGUAUAGAGUCAGUGAAGAGGCUCAGGGACAGUUGUGGGCAGCAGAGGUCUCUCGCCUUGUCAAGGUCGUCACAACUGACACGGCAUUGGAGUUCAAAGGAUCCAAGGACUUGGCCGUCGACUCGAAGAAAUCGUACGAGAUUCUUACCUUGCUAGCAGACCAAGUCUGGCAAGCGAUCCACAUAACAAUUUAUGACGGCGAGAGCAUCCUCGCGUGCCACCCGGGAGAUCUAUGCCUCGUCGAAACAUUGAAUCACAGUCGGGAGGUCCUAGGCCACCUCUGGGACAAAGAGGACGCUGACGGCGAAACCACUGACGGAGUGACACCACGAUACAUCCGCGAGGAUUUGUUCAAUUUUAUUGACUACUGCACGGCGGUAAUAGCACGAAUCCUAUGUUCUGUAGCUGAUGGCCAGCACUUCUACGUUCAUGUUCUCGCACACCUGGCCAAGAUCACUGCCAAGAUCAAGGUCGUAUCAGUCAAGCCUCAGGAGUCCUUACGUACCUCAAUUAAAAACAGUGUAUCCAACGGCAUGAUUCAGAUGCCAGAUCAGGUCGGUUUUCGUGAGCAACAGGCGAGAAAUUCGACGAUGGGACAAAAAAGAGGCGCCGGAGGAUCUCCAAACCGCGAGAUAAACAUGCACCUCUCCUUGGGGGGUCGACGAGCAAUGCAUGAUGAGGAUCCGAUCCUGCCGGAUAUUUACAGCAAAAGAGAUAUACUGAAGCGUCACUACUCUUUGGAGUGUGCCUGCUACCGGCGCUGCAUCCUUCAUAUCUUUGACUACUUAGUCCUCACACUGCGCGGAAAAAGCCGAUUGAUGAGGAUCUCAAUGACAUCAUACGAGAUGUGCGCUAUGGUAUAUGACACUGGCUUCGAGCGAUUUCGUGCACUAGUCUUCCAAGGUGGUGCAAACAACAUUGAGGGUACCUCGGAUGCGUUGAAAGUCAACUACGCCCGGAGCGCGUUCAACGUUCUUAACCAAGCCAUCAUCCAUGUAUCCGACCCAGUCGAGGCAGAAUCCUUUCAAAAACUAAAUCCAAUUGCUGCUAUUGACGACUCGGCCAACUCGGAAAAUACUGAACCUGGCGGCUCCGAGGAUGAGAGCGUGGGGACUCAAUUUUCCUGGAAUUACGCCCCCGACGAAGAUGGCUCAGUCGGCCUCCAGGUGCCUAAAUGCAUCAUGCUCAAGUCAAUGAGCCACGUUAUUACCUUGAUGAUACCACUAAUCAAUGGUAGUCCGGGAGCAUUGAACUGCGUAUCUGAUUUUAUCGUCGCGUUGUCAACGUCAACCGUCAUCAAUGCCGACAUGUGGAAGGGCCCCGUCAUGCCUCGGGAAUACAGCAAGUACACGGCCAGCUUCUGCCUAACCACGGCUAAAUAUAAUAAAACGCAGCGUGCCUGCAGGCCAGGCGACCCUACCUCACUCUCAAAUGCAUUGAUGCGGCGAAAUAAUCUCCUGUCGGGCAGGCACGUCACCGAUAUUGGUCGCGCAGCUAGUAUCGCGCCAAAUCUAAGUGGAGAUACACAGGGGAAGUCGUACGAAGAUGAGUUGACCUUGAAGCGCAUCCGGCUACACCAAAACGAGCUUCAUUGUGUAACAAACAAAAUGAAUGCCUGGGUCUUGGAGGAAAAUGGCGUUAUGGUACGGUGCAAGCUUUAUGUGUGGACUCUCAUCCUGCUCUGUUCUCUUCUUGUUGGGGGCGGCGUUUCUGUUGGCGUGUCAGUCGGGGAACGCAUUGUCGCUGUAGACCCCUUCAAUAUCACAACUUAUUGCUGGGUGCUCGCCGCAUUCCUGCUACUUGUUGCCAAGAACAUCCGAGUUCAAAGUUGGGCAUGGAUCGAUUUUCUUCACGGUCGAGUUCUUUGCAAGAGCGUGUCGGAGUUGUCAUCCGUGGCUGGCGUCAAGGAGCAGCUCAUCCUCGCCAAACUUCUACAGGAUGAGUCUAUCUCAUUUCUCGAUACACGCGGACCAUACAACACGGUAUUUCGCAGAAAGUCCAAGGACGGGUUCUCCAUCGAUAGACCUCUCAGCGUAUGGACAAUGCUGAUAAGCGGACUGAUCAUGAUCGAGGUGGAAUCUGCGAAUGGGCGUGGGCUCGUGUGCCUCGAUCUUCGAAGGGGAACAAAUCAUGAGUUGAUCGUCAGCCUUGAUGAACAUGAAUCAAUAGGCGAAACUGACACUAUUUAUUGCGAUCGCUUGUCAGAUAGUAAGGAUCGAGGGGACCCCAACCGAGUCAGGCUGAAGGUAGGGCAGGGUAUCACUUGGACGCGGAUACUCGGGCUUUACGGAAACCAGCACGCCGAGUUUAUCUAG